AUGCUUCUCUCUCUGCUCUCUCUUCUCCCCGUUGCCCUCGCCCUCGUUGGAGGCUUCUAUUUCCUCCUACGCCUCUUGCAAUCCUUCACAUCACCUCUACGUGACAUCCCCGGUCCAUUUUGGACCCGGUUCUCUAAACUCUGGUACCUGAAACAUGUCAAGCAGGGCCGUUUCGAAAAGGAGAAUAUCCAACUACACAAGCAAUAUGGACCAGUCGUCCGUCUGGGACCGAACCUCUACAGCAUCAGUGAUGCCGCCGCCGUGAAGACCGUGUACGGGACUGGCUCCAAGUUCCCCAAGUCCGAUUGGUAUGAGUCGUGGAGACAGCCGGGUCCCAAUCACUGGACUCUGUUUUCAGAUACAAAUAUCAGAGGACACGCCGAUGCAAGGAAGCGAUUCUCGGCUAUAUACUCUAUGAGUUCCUUGGUCAACUAUGAGCAGUUUGUUGAUAACUGUGCCGAUAUCUUUGCGACGAGGUUGACCGAGUUCGCGGUGAAGGAUGAGGUUCUCGAUCUUCGCCAUUGGCUUCAGUGCUAUGCUUUUGAUGUCAUUGGGGAAAUCACGUACGGGGAGAGAUUUGGAUUUCUCGAUGAAGGCCGAGAUAUUGCCGGCGUCAUGAAAACCAUCGACGGGGUGAACGUCUACGCUACACUCGUUGGUAUCUACUCGAGCUGGCAUCCAUUUAUAUUCAGCCUGUUACGACAUUUCAGCGGCUCAGGGGCUGAUGGGCGCACAUACAUGGCGAAUUUCGUACGGGAGAAGCUGAGAGAGCACGAUCAGAAACUGGCCAAGGCCAAGGAGACAGGCCCCGACGGCUCACUGAAAGUGCAGGACUUUAUCGAGAAGAUGAUGAUUGCACGAGACAAGGAUCCCAACAAGGUCAAUGAUUAUCACAUCUUUACCAUGGGACAGUCUAAUGUCAACGCCGGAUCAGACACUACCAGCAUCAGCCUCUCGUCCAUCAUGUACCAUCUCUUGAAGUUCCCGGAUACUUUCCGCAAGCUUCGUCAGGAGAUCGAUGACUUCACAACUAAGGGCCUCUGCGGUGGCAAAAUCACGUUCAAGGAAAGUCAGGAUAUGCCGUAUCUCCAGGCUGUCAUUAAGGAAGCUCUCCGCAUCCACAGCGCUACGGGGUUACCGUUGUGGAGGGUCGUCCCAGCCGGAGGAGCCCGGAUCAGUGGGCAUUACUUUCCUGCUGGCACGGUUGUAGGCGUUAACACCUGGGUGGCUCAUUAUGACGAGCGAGUGUUUCCUGACCCAACGGCCUUCAGACCGGAGCGGUGGAUCGAAGCGGAGAAUGAUCCUGCAAAGCUGAAGGUGAUGAAUGAUAUGUAUAUGCCUUUUGGUCUCGGUUCCCGAACAUGCAUAGGCAGACAUAUCUCUAUUCUUGAAAUAUCCAAACUGAUUCCACGGCUGGUGAGGGACUUUGAUUUCAGUUUUGCUGGUGGUUCAGAUACAUGGCAUACUCAUAACUCCUGGUUCGUCAAACAAUCUGGCUUCGACGUGAAGGUACAGAAGAGAGUGGACGUUGCGUGA